AUGUCAAUGUCAUAACAAAGAUAUCAAACUCUAAUGGGUUCUGAUGAUAUAUCACAAUUAUGUAGUGGAUUCAUUAGAUUUAUAGAAGAAGUAAUUCUAAUUAAAAUUAUUUAAAUAGAUUUUAUUACCUAUUGCUAAAUAAGACACUAAAUAAUUUUAAAAUUGGACAAAAUUUAAAGAAAUCAUUGAUCCAUUUAAUAAAAAAAUAGAAUUACAAAGAGUUGAGUAAUUUUUCUAAUAAUUUAAUAAUUCUAAGAUUAAUUAAGAAAAUAAACCACCAACUCCAAUCUUAAAAGAUUAAACUAAAAACUCUGUAAACAUCUAAGAUAGAAGUUAUUCAAUACCAUAAACAACAAACUUUUAAAUUAUUAAAGAUGAUUAUGAAACUAAAUUAAAAGAAAUUACAGAUAAAAUAAAUAAAACAUUUCAUUAAAAUAAUACUCAUUUAGAUAUACUUUUAAAAAUGAAUAGUACAACUCAAGAAGCCAAAAAUAAAUAAGAACUUACUAAUAAUAAUCAAAGAAAUACAUCAAUUACUAGAAGAGUAGAAUUUAAGAGAAGAAAUACAGAUUAUUACUCUAUUAAACCUAUUAAUAUAUAAUGA